ACUAAAACCCUAACCGUCUUUCUCUCCUAUCCUUCUGCUGUCCCUUCUGCCGACACCGGCAUCGCUCCCUGCCGCCGUUCUUCCCCUACUUUGUAAACAAACUGAACGCUCAAGUUUCAUACAAGUGGAGGUGAAUUUUAAAACCAGUACAAAAUGCAGAAUGAUGAGGUUAUAUGGCAAGUUCUCAGGCAUAAACACUGCAGUUAUAUGGCCAAAAUUACUGCUGGAAUUUUUUGUCGGAAUGAGUACAAUUUAACUGGAAUUUGUAACCGGAGCUCAUGUCCACUAGCCAAUAGUCGUUAUGCAACCAUCCGUGAUCAUGAUGGAGUCUUUUACUUGUAUAUGAAAACCAUAGAGAGAGCUCAUAUGCCAAACAAGCUAUGGGAAAGAGUGAAACUGCCUCGCAAUUACGAAAAAGCCCUUGAAAUCAUCGACAAAAAUCUGAUGUAUUGGCCAAAGUUUCUUGUACACAAGGCAAAACAACGGUUGACUAAAAUGACACAAAUGCGUAUACGCAUGAGGAAGCUUGCCCUUAAAACAAGGGAAAAGAUAAUGACAACUCCUAGAAAAGAAAAGAAGAGAGAAGCUAGAAGAGAGGAAAAGGCUGAAAAGGCAGCAGUAUUGGACAAGAAUAUUGAAAAGGAAUUGUUAGAGCGUUUAAAAAAUGGAACGUAUGGUACUGAGAUAGUUAAUGCUCAUGCUGAAGCAUUUAAUAAGUUUAUUGAACAAUUUGAGGGACCAGAAAUGGAUGUUAAUGAAGAGUACGAGAUGGAAACGGAAUUUGUUGAAGGCGAGUAUGAAGAGGAAGAUGAUAUGGAGGAUUACAAUGGUCUUCCAACCGGUUCAGAUGACGAUUUGGAUGAUGGAGAUGAAGAUGAUGAUGAUGAUGCUGAGGUGGCAGUAGAUAGAAAGCGAGGAAGGAAAGAUUCCAAAUAUGCUCUGAAGAAGCAGGAGAGAGAUGCUAAGAAGAAGAAAGGAAGAGUACUUGUUGAGGUUGAGCAUGAAGAUACAAAAACAAGGCAGAAGGCAAUUUUAUGAGUGUGAGACUUUAAAAGCUUUUAAAUUUUGAUGCUCUAAAAAUCAAAUUAAUGCAUUCGUGUUGUAAAAGUUUUGAUCUCCUUUUACUUUUGACAUUCUUUUUCUUAUUUUUAAUUAAUUCGUAGGAUGUUUUUUUCUUUUAUCAAGAGUUAUGUUUUUUUAAGGAGGAAAUUCGAGUAUUGUUAUUGAUGAUCAAAUAUUCUAUAAAAUAC